UUUCUAUGGGUUAAUGAAACCGUUUCAAACGUUACUGGAUUUACACGAAAUUGAGGAUUUGUUGUCUUUCUGUAUCGCUUCAAUCGUCAUUUCGAAAUUCAUAGGUUUUUGUUUGUUUUGUAGGGAACAGGAAAUUUAUUGUAAAAAUAUGAAAUUAUUUGUGUGCAGUUCAGUUGAAACAUCAGAUGAUGAUGAAGAGGAAGAAGUGAGUGAAGAGGAGCCCCAAGUGGAUUCGGAUGAAGGUGACAGUGAAGAUGAAGACGAAGACGAAGACGAAGGCGAUUCUGAUGAAUCUAAUGCAGACGAGCACGAUUCAGAUAAUACUGGCGAUGAGAAGGGCUCUGGAACAAAGAAUACUGGCAAGCAGAUAAAUAAGAAUUCAGUCGACUCUGAAGCAUCUUCAAGCAGUGAGGCUGAGACUUCAUUCAAAGGUGUUAAUGGUGAGCAGAAAGUCAAUGGUAUAAAGCAGGAACAACCGGUGAAAGCGCCGGAAUUUAAUGUUUCCAAGUCCCCAAGCAAGUCAGUGAAGUCAGUGUCAAAUGGUGUAAGCUUGCCGGCGCGACUCAAAAAUGUCAGCACCGAGAUCAUGGUUCUUACAGCGAUACGAAGUCUAAGCGAUCGUGGUGGUUCCUCGGUCAUUGCCAUAAAAAAAUACAUUAUGAACAAUUAUCCGCAGUUAGAAGGUCCGCGGACACUGAAACUAAUCAAGACAUAUAUUAAGAAAGCGUUGGUUAGUGGGAAGCUGGUGCAAUCCAAGGGCACUGGAUUGGGUGGUUCGUUUAAAGUAUCACCAGGCACAAAUCGUCUGGAAGAGCAGAAACAGCGAGAGACUCGAAAGAAGCUAGCAAAGAAACCUAAGAGUGAUGAAGCCACUGACAAAGUGAAGAAAAACUCCAAAGCAGCAACAAAAAAUAUCGAAAAAGGCGAGGUAAAAACAACAAAAACGACCAAGAGUGAAAAAGCAAAGAUUUCGAGAUCUGCGUUAAAAGAUGAGAAGAUGGCAAAACUAGCCAUUGCUCUGAAAAAAGCCUUGGAAGCUAGCGAACUAAAACCAGAAAAGAAAGCAGCAAAAGUGAAAGAGGCGAAGGAAGCAUCCCCUGCUAAUGGUAAUCCAGCGAAAAAGACUAAGGUGGCCAAACAAAAUGGAAUGGAAAAUGGGGAUUCCGCCACUAAAAAAACUAACAAAAAGAAUAAGCCAGCACCCGCUGUAACGAUACAGGAGAAGAUGAAACCAGCAAUGGCAACAAAAAAGAAAGCGACCGCCAAAAGUAAGACUAUUGUGCAAGAUAUUGAUAUGGGCGCUGGAGACGCAGACGAUGCGAAGCCCAAGAAGAAGACCGCUGGAAAGAAAGUCAAGGCAAAGUGAAGUAGGGGGGUCACGGUUUCUACUUGUUGUUACUAAAUUAUUUAUUUUAUGGGUUUGAAAUUAUACCUUAUGUGUGAUUUAAAUGUUUGUGGCUCUAUAAUAAGAGAGAUAAUGAGAGAUGUGUUUUAAUAGAUUUAGGAUUUGGAAUUUUUGAUCUUGUUGAAAUUCAGAAAAUACCUUUUGUUGUAUAUCCGGUGUACUAACGCUCUUUAACAUUUCUCUUUAUUUCGAUUUUUAUUAGACACUGUUUAAUAAAUAUAAUUCUAAUGUGUGAAAA